AUGGGUGCCACUAGAGGUCCAAUUGUCAAGGAUAAUAAUGUUGUUGAAGAGAAUGUAGCAGAUCUAUUGAAGGGUCUGAUACACCUUACUUCGAUUCAGAUGAUGAUUGCUCUUAUGAUGAGGAGAGUGAUUGUGAAGGUGGGAAGAUAUUCAAAAGGAGGAAAAGUGAAUGGCCUAGGUAGAGAUGCAAAUAACCAGAUGUACCCAAUAGCUUGGGCAGUAGUUGAGAAGGAGACUACAGAUUCCUGGUAUUGGUUUCUUGACUUUCUGGAUAAAGAUCUCAAAAUUAAAGAUCAAGGAGAAGGAUGGGUAUUCAUAUCUGAUCAGCAAAAGUUAGUUUCAAAGGCUGAGCACAGGAUGUGUGCUAGACUCAUAUAUGCUAAUUGGAAGAAGAAACAGCCUGACCAUGAUCUUCAGAAGCUGUUCUGGAGGUGUGCAAAAUCUCCAAAUAGAGUGCUCUUCAAUUAUAACAGGGCUCACUUGAAGCUAGGUUCUAACUGUGAUUCAGUUGAUAAUAACGUGUGUGAAUCAUUUAACAACAUGAUCCUGGAAUCAAGGUAUUGGCAGCUGUCAGGCUUGCCAUGUUGCCAUGCCAUUAGUGCAAUCUACAAGAGCUCCAAGCAGGUUGAUGAUUAUAUUGCAAACUGCUUCUCUAUUGCAGUAUAUCACAAGAUAUAUGAUCACUGUCUGGAGCCACUUGAGGGAGAUGACAGUCGGCCAACAGCAGACCAUCAUAGGCCACUAGCACCUGGUUUCAUCAAGAUGCCAGGUAGGCCUAAGGUAGAGAGGAGAAGAGAACCAGGAGAGGCACCUAAGGGAAGUAAGAUGUCAAAGGUUGGCACAAAAAUCACUUGUAGCCUGUGCCAUAGACAGGGCCACAACAUGAAGAGCUCCAAGAACAACCCUAAUGUCAACCAUAAUGUCAAUGCUCAUAUAGUGAAGCAAUCAGCAAAGAAGAGAAAAGCUGACAAGGCUUCUUUUGAAGCUGAAAAUGCUAAAAAAGCUAGCAAAGGAAAGGAUCCUGCACCCCAACCUACACCAAGGAACAAGAAAGAAUAUAUACUCAAGAACUUGGAAGGAGUAGCUACAAGGAAACAAACUGCACUAAGGAUUGGGGGAGCACCAAGCAAAAGGAAAGAAACUUCUUGCAACAUUGGAGGAAGCCAGAGUUCACGGACAAGCUCCCAGCCAACCAAAAUGACAAGGUUGCAACCUUCUCAUUGUGUUUUCAACCUGGCAGCUUUUAAGGCUGCCAAAAUGGCAAAAAAUGUUAAUGAAGGCUCUUCAUCUGGGAAGUGAUCCAUGUAAUAGGAAUAGUUGCAUCUGGAAUGUUGUGAAACUUGAAAGUCUUUUGGAAGUGUCUAUGUAAUGCACUGUGGUCCUGUUCUGGAAUUAGUAAUUGUUCUGAAAUGAGGACAACAUGUUAUCUGUCACUGUGGUUUUGGUUAUGUUCUGAAAUUAGUAAUUGUUUUCCUUCAGUUCUGAAAUAAAGACAACAUGCCAAAUUUCUGUUCUCAUUCUCAUGCGAAACAACAACAUUCAAGAAUCUGAUCUUAUUAGCACUGCCCACAUAAUAUAAUCUACUUACGAAGCACUGCCCACAUUCCAGUGGAUUUUCCAUAUCAAUCACUGCCCACAUAACACAAACUAAGACACAAACUAGGAAAAAAAAAUGAAGAUCUUCAGACUUCGCAUCUCAUUCCUUGUUCUCUUGGCAUUCUGUAGUGAAACCACCUUCUUCUCCUCUUCAUCCAGCUUCUGUUUUGUCUGAAGAAGCUGCAUUUCAACAUCUCCAAGUUCAGACUUCAGCAUUUCAUUUUCCUUCUUCGAUUUGACACAGCAGUCACGAAGAUCUCCAAUUAAAUCUCUCAAGAAUGAUGGAGCUGCUGGGUCAUGCCAUAGAAAAAAUCUGCAUCUGCUAGA